AGAGUAAUAUAUUCAUCUCCGUGUCUCUUUUGUGUCUUUGGUUGAGUUUGCGCCCUCUUUCUCUCUCCCUCUUUCUCUCUCCCUCCCUGUCCCUCCCAUCACAUUGGGCGUUGCCCCGCGGCUAUAAAUUGUUGAAAAAAUUGCCAGUGAGCGUCUGCACUCUUCACUGAAUCUCCAAAUACACGUUCUGCUUCCUCGUUUCUUGCACACACCUCUGCAGCCAUGACUGAGUUGGAGAACUGCAUGGAGCAACUGAUCAAGGUGUUCCACCACUAUUCUGUUGAAGACGGAGAUGGGAAGACCUUAAGCAAGAAAGAACUAAAAAAACUGAUGGAGAAUGAGUUGCCCACCUUUCUGAAAACCCAGAAGAACCCAAAAAUAGUGGAGAAAAUAUUGAAAGAUUUGGACAGCAACAAAGAUGAUAAGUUGGACUUUGAAGAGUUUCUUCCCCUUGUGUGCGGCCUCUCGUUGGCCUGUGAGAAGUGUUACUUGCUCCAUGAAAAGAAGAGCAAGAAGUGAUGGGAAAAUAUAAGGAAGAAUUGUGAUGUUUAAUGUUUUUUAGAGUAAGACCAAGAAUCACAAAUGUGGGAGAGAUUCUCCAAGUAAAAACCUUAUACAAGA